ACCCCGCGGCAAUUUUCCUGGUGGCCCGCACCUUUUUCAAAAAUAAAUUCGAGACCACACGAGGAGUCGCGAACACCAUCCAACACAAACCGUCAAGAUGCCGCGCAAAAAAUGGAUUGACAAGAAGACAGCGACCCACUUCAUGGUAUUGCAUCGUCCUCAAAAUGAUCCCCUCAUUCAUGAUUCAGCGGCAUCUGCCAUGAUCUUGAACCCUACCGUUCCUCUCAAUUCCACCAAGACGAAGAAAAUUAACGAUUUAGCCUCCGAGCUUGGUUCAGAGGUGGAACAUAUCAGAGACAACGAAGGAGAGGCUGCGAACCAUGGUAUCUACUACGAUGAUACCGAAUACGAUUACAUGCAACAUAUGCGGGAUCUUGGAUCUGGUUCCGGGGACGCAUACUUCGUGGAGGCUCCAACCACACAAAAUAAGGGCAAGGCGAAACAGCAAUCGUUGGAGGAUGCGUUGAAGAAUGUCAGUCUCGAAGAGCGGGCUAGAAUGCUCUUGGAUGACGAGAUUCUGCCUUCGAAGAAUCUACGCAAAGUCACAUACCAAGCUCAGCAAGAUGUGCCAGAUGUACUCGCUGGCUUUCAACCAGACAUGGAUCCGAGGCUGAGGGAAGUGCUUGUAGCUCUAGAAGACGAUGCAUAUGUUGAUGAUGACGAAGAUAUUUUUGGAGAGCUAGCAAAAGAUGGCGAAGAAUUGGAAGAAGACGAGUUCGAUCAAGGGGCAUGGGAUGAUGAGGAUGGUGGCUGGGAAUCGGACGACACCGCAAAGCCAACGAAAGAAUACAGAGAGGCUCCUCAACCCACUCCAGAGAUGGCAAACGAUGACCGAGAAGACCAUGGCGACGGAAACUGGCUUGCAGACUUUAUCAAGAGGGACCAGCAGAAGACAAGCGCACCACGUGCAACACCAUCGGAUGUCCAAUCAUCUUUGAUGACCACUACUACAAAUGGAGGCAGACGAAAGAAGAGGAAGGGUGCACUGACGAAUCCUUCUAGCUAUUCCAUGAGCUCUUCUUCAAUGUUUCGAACCGAAGGUCUUACUACACUAGACGCUAGGUUCGAAAGAAUUGAAGAACAGUACAACGAGGAUAUGAAUGACAUGGCUUCUGUGUCUAUGGCAUCAUCAACUGCGUCAAGUGUUACUGGUCCCGUCAGAGGAGACUUCGAUGGCAUUAUGGAUGAUUUCUUGGGAAAUUAUUCUAUGAGUGGAAAGAAGUUUGUCAAGAAAGGCAAAUAUCAAAGUGGGAUGGAGCAAUUGGACGAGGUUCGGAAAGGAUUAGGUCCGGCGAUAAUUAGAUCUCAGAGAGCUUGAGAAUACACUGGUUUUGAAAAGGCGUUGAGGCGGACAAAAGGCAUGGGAUGGCGUUGGGGUGUGGGAAACAUAUACCUGCAUAUCUAAGAGCUGUUUUAAGCUAGAACUAUACAGUUGGUCAACUCGGACAUUUCAAACUUACAAUCAGGCAUUGCCGCUGGAGUUGCUCAUAUUUUGCUCCAAAUCCUCAAUCGGCUGCACUUGCAAACUAUCCAUUGAGUUAUAUCCGUUCUCCCAGCGCAGUGUUCAACAGCUUAGAAAUCGAUUUUCAGCUUCCUUUUCCGAGCAGUGAAC